AUAACAACAUGGCCUUCAGUUCUCCGAGACAACUACUAACAUUUAUACUUGUUAGUUACACAUUUCAAGGUAUGGUAACCUUGGAAUCAGUGAUUCUGCAGCCAGUUGCAGUUUGUGAAGGUCAGACAGUCACCAUUCCCUGUAAAAAUGCAUUUCAUAAUACAACAUUACAGAUUAACUGGAAUAAAAACGAUGGCAAUGAGUCUAACAUAGGCAGUUUAUUUCAAUUAAAUGAGAGCGGUCCCAGUCAGAUAAACUGCUGCAUCCAUAUUAAAAAUUCAAGAUUCUCUCUUCUCAUCGAUGGUAACCAGAGCUACAGCCUUAAGAUAAGUGAUGUUCAUCAAGCCGACUCUGGAAACUAUACCUGUGCAAUGACAGGUACUUCUGGUGUCCAUUACAGUUCAUUGGACCUGCAAGUUUUAGAUAAAGUAAGUAGCUCAAAUUGCUCCUACACAGCUGUGGCAUCCCAGUCACAGUAUGAUGAUAGCAUCAGACGUAAACCUAUAGCCAGUAGUCCUAUAGAUCCUACUGCUGGAGACAUUACUGAUUAA